UAUUUUUAGUGAUUAAAUAUGAACGUUUUUAGUAAUCUCAAUGACCAACCUUGUAAUUAAUCCUAGUUAUUAGUCUCCCAAUAAGGCCAAGUUCAAGCUCCUCUGUAAUUGGAGUGGACUUGUACAUCAACAUACCAUGGCCCAAAGCCCAAUUAUCCCAAAACAGGCGCUAACGACAACUUUGUUUGAACUCAUUGUUCGCGGACCUCAUUCUUCGGCGGAAGCAAGCCGUCAUCUCACUAAUCUCCGGCGAUGCAUUUGCGACCAGCCAUCUAUGGCUAACUGCGGUGCUCAAAUAUCGACCCCAAUUAGAGCUCCGGCAUGGGUCUCAACGAGAAGACUGUUCGAGCAAAAGUUGCAGGAGCUUCACAAAUGUACAGACUUAGCCCACGUAAAGGAGGUUCAUGCCCAGAUAAUCAAGCAAAAUCUCCACACAGACCUCUACGUAGCUCCAAAACUGAUAUCGGCAUUCUCGCUUUGUCAUCACAUGAAGCUCGCUCUCAACGUCUUCAACCAAGUUCGGCACCCCAAUUUGCAACUCUACAACACUCUGAUUCGAGCUCAUGUCCGCAGCUCCCAACCUUCCAUGGCGUUCGCUGCUCUACUCGAGAUGCAGCAAAAUGGAAUCUUUCCUGAUAAUUUCACUUACCCUUUUCUUCUGAAAGCUUGUAAUGGAGAGCCCUGGUUGCCGGUUGUGCAGAUGAUACACGGCAGUUUGGAGAAGGUUGAAUUUUUCGGUGAUAUUUUCGUGCCCAAUUCGUUGAUUGAUAGCUACUCCAAGUGUGGUGCUUUAGGAAUUCAGUCUGCGAUGAGGCUGUUUAGGAGUAUGGACAGCAGAGAUGUCGUCUCUUGGAAUUCUAUGAUUGGUGGGCUGGUGAGAGCAGGGGAUCUGGGUGGUGCACGUGAACUGUUCGAUGAAAUGCCUGUAAGAGAUGCGAUUAGUUGGAACACGAUACUAGAUGCAUAUGUGAAGGCCGGAAAGAUGAACGAAGCAUUUGAGUUGUUUGAGAAAAUGCCUGAGAGGAAUGUUGUGUCAUGGUCCACGAUGGUCUCAGGUUACAGUAAAGCAGGGGAUAUGCAAAUGGCUAGAAUGCUGUUUGAUAAAAUGCCAACCAAGAAUAUGGUUUCUUGGACUAUUCUCAUAUCUGGAUAUGCCCAGAAGGGGCUGGCGCAGGAUGCGGUAAGUUUGUAUUCUCUAAUGGAGAAAUCUCGACUUAUGCUUGAUUCAGGGGCUGCUGUUAGCAUACUGGCUGCUUGUGCAGAGUCUGGUUUGCUUGGACUGGGGGAACGAGUUCAUGCCUCUAUUGCAAGGACCAGGUUAAUGCACCACGCUGAUGUAUCUAAUGCAUUGCUUGAUAUGUAUGCAAAAUGUGGCAGAGUAAAGAAGGCGUAUGAAGUGUUUGAGCGAAUGGCAGAGAGAGAUGUAGUUUCUUGGAACUGCAUGCUUCAAGGGCUAGCCAUACAUGGGCAUGGAGAUGAAGCACUCAUGCUCUUCUCCAGAAUGAAACAACAGGGUUUCAAGCCCGAUAAAUUCACUCUAGUAGCAGUUCUUUGUGCUUGCACUCACUCCGGCUUCAUCGACGAGGGCCUCAGGUACUUCAACAACAUGGAGAAGGAAUAUAGGAUUGCUCCCGACAUCGAGCAUUACGGCUGCGUGAUUGACUUGUUGGGCCGUGCUGGACGUCUCAACGAAGCAAUUAGGCUCGUGGAUUCCAUGCCGAUGGGACCAAAUGCUGUCAUCUGGGGUACCCUUCUGGGGGCCUGCAGAAUGCACAAUGCUGCUGAACUUGCUAAGCAGGUUCAAGAUCGCAUGGCGAGAUUCGAGGAGGCAUCAGAGCACGGUACUUGUUCGGUGCUGUCGAAUAUUUAUGCAGCUGCUGGGGACUGGGUGAAUGUUGCUAAUGUGAGGCUCCAAAUGAAGAGUGCUGGAAUCCAGAAGCCGUCUGGUGCCAGUUUCAUUGAGGUGGGUGAUAAAGUCCAUGAAUUCACUGUAUUGGAUAUGUCCCAUCCUGACUCUGGUGAAGUGUAUGAGAUGGUUGAUGGAUUGGUUCAGGAACUUAGACUGUUUGGUGAUCCCUCAAAUGAUCACCACCACACUCACUGAAUAUACCCCAUACUCUCAUUCAACUUUUGGCAUUCUUGUGUGUUCUCUGUAAAUAUUUAUAGACAACUAAUGAAGUUGAUAAGGGAAGCUCCGUCUUUAAAGACAUAAACAUAGCAAAUCAAAAGACGAAAAAUGUACUGUAAAAGAAGUAAAAAAAAUGUAAAAUUUCAGUUGUUUGAACAUCGCGCGAAGAUGAUGGAAAGAUUAGUUUGAUAUUUGUGUAACUUUUUGCAAAAAAAUAUCUUGAUCAAGAUGACAUUGAAAAGUUCAACACAUAGUUAUAUCAUUUCAACACAUAACUUCGUCUAAAUGUCAAAGUACUUGCUGUGCCCUAUCUUCUCUUUCUAUCCUAUCACAAUAUUGAGUUGAGUUUUUUUUUCAAGAAAGGUAUAAUCAAUGU